ACAGCUCCCAUUUCCGAACGCUCGGUGCUGAAAGGAAGAAGGGACGCAGACCACGUGACGCCUGACCCGGAAGCGGGCCUCUUCUCUCACGCGGGAAGGACGAGGGAAAGAGGAGCAAUGCCCGCGCGGCCCCAGCUCCGUAUCAACGAGGCGUUUGCCGCGCGCUACGGGAAGUACCGCCGCCGGGAGGAGCUCCAGCGCCUGCAGGACCGGUAUGGCGGGGACGCCGAGGAGACCACUUCUGAGUCGGAAUCCAGCGAGGAAGACCAGGAAGUUGAUCCCACAAUGGAUCGUGCUUUUUAUAGCACCUUGGCCUUGUUGAAAACAAAGGAUCCACGGAUUUAUCAGAAGGAUGUCCUAUUCUACAGCAAAGAAGACUCUGCCUCAGACAGUGACAAUGACAAUCCACCCAAAAAGAAAAGAGAAAAGCCUAUGUUCCUCAAUGACUAUGAGAGGAAGGUGAUCUUGGAGAAGGCUGGCAAAUAUGAAGAUGAAGAGGAGGAGGAGGAGGAGGAAGCAGCAGCAAUUAAAAAUCCAAAGAGCUAUGUGGAAGAACAAAAGCAGCUGAAACAGAGCUUCCAGAGGUUUGUUGCAGACAGUGACGAAGAAGAAGAUGCAAAUGGCGACUCGUCUUUACUACGCAAACGAGCCAAAAGUAAGGAAGAGAAGGAGCGCGAGGAGGCUGACUACAUCCUCUGGCUGAAGGGCCAGGCAAAGCCAGGUGCAGAAGAGGACCUUCAAGACCUGGCACCUCUUAAAGAAUAUUGGAAUGAUCCCAAACUGGAUGAGGGGGAGCGGUUCCUGAGGGAUUACAUCCUGAACAAGCGCUACAAGGAAGCAGGAGAUGGAGAAGAAGAGGAAGAAGAAGAAGAGGAAGAGGAUGGGCUACCUGGGGUACAGCUGGCUGUUUCAGACUCCUCAGAUGAAGGCGAACUGUUCCUAAAAAAGCAAGAGGAUUUUGAGCGCAAGUACAACUUCCGUUUUGAGGAGCCUGAGGCACAAGUGGUGCAAACAUUUCCCCGCAUAAUUGCAACUUCGGUUCGCCGUAAGGAUGAGCGUCGCAAAGAGAAGCGCCAGGAAAUCCGUGAGCGCAAGAAGAAAGAGAGGGAACAGAAGCAGGAGGAGCUGAAACAACUGAAGAAUCUGAAACGGCGGGAGAUCAUAGAACGACUGGAGAAGCUGCAGGAAAUCACUGGCAGUGAGGCUGGCACCUUUCAAGAGGGAGACCUCGACGGCGACUUUGACCCUGCCCAGCAUGAUCGACUCAUGGAGAAAUUCUUUGGCGAUGAGUACUAUGGAGUUGGUGAGGAGGAGAAACCACAAUUUGAGGCAGAGGAAGGAAUUGAUGAGGAAUGGAAUUGGGACAAGUGGACAGGCGAAGAUGGUGCCGAGGCAGAAGCUGACAUGUGUUUUCAGAGGGAAGAAGAGAACCAGCCGCACUGUGAGGAUCCUGACUUUGUUAUGGAUGCAGACUAUGACCCCUCCCAACAGCCUGGCCCAUCAAAAAGGAAGCGGAAGAUGGACAUCCCGCUUCUGGGCAAGAAGAAGCGCAAGUCACAUUUUGCAGAGGCGAUCGGUCAGAAAAAAGAACCUUUUGACCCAGGGACCAAGACAUUUGAACAGUAUCUGGACGAGUUCUACCGCCUGGACUAUGAGGAUCUGGUUGGGGACCUGCCCUGUCGUUUCAAAUAUCGGACUGUCGUCCCUUGCAGCUAUGGGCUGACGACUGAGGAGAUUUUGGCAGCUGAUGACAAAGAACUGAACCGCUGGUGUUCUCUGAGGAAGACCUGCAUGUUCAGGUGGGCAGGCAGGGAGGGUGGCUUGCAAACUGUUCACUUUGUAGCAUGUCCCUUGACACCAGGUUUUUCCUUCUGCAAUGCAAUAGUAUCUCUAAGAGUGAAUAGUUUUGAUUUGUUUACUUGCAGGCCAGAGGAAGCGGAAGAUGUCAAGAAAUCUCAGAGCAAGAAAGGGAAGAAGAGCAGGGAGAAGGCCAAGCGUCACGAGCUGCCUGCUCAAGAGAUGCAACAAGACAGCCUUGCUUGUGAGGAAGAAGAAGGACUCCUACUUCCAAAGCGAACUGCCCAAAGUGAAGCGACCCCAGCGGCACGCAAGGAGUCAGAAGCCGCUCCUUCAGGCACCCCUUGUUCUGCACAACCCAGCAUUCAGAGACCAAAGAAGAAGAGAGGGCGGAAGGGGUUGGUGCUGGGCACCAAAGUGCGGGUGGGGGGUGCAGAGUUCAGCCGCCAGCGGCUCCAGGCCUAUGGGCUCAACCCUAAGCGCUUGCACUACCGCCAGCUGCUCCGUGAGAAGCGGAGGAAGAAGACGUUGGGGGGGCCUGGACAGACUUCAGGGGGCAAAACGACACAGCCAAAGUAAUGGAGAAAAUACAUUUCAACCUGUUUUGGGUUUGGAGAGCAUCUCUGUUUACCUGGACAUGGAUACUUUGGCACUUUGAGUCUUCUUUCUUGGGCCCCAGAGGCAUAAGAGGGUGCUUGUGGACCGGCUACAAAUGGGGCACCUCAGCUGGAUUCCUGUUCUCCUUCACUUUGAGCCCUUUGUAUCUUGUUUGUAGAGUCGUCCAAAUACAUACUUCUUUUUCAAA